AUGACAUGUCGCCUUCACUUUUUCCCCCAUUGUGGUGGUGCAGUGGUGGUAGUGGGGGGAACAGAAAGAAAGUACAUGCCGGACAUCACGACGCCGUUUCUCCUGAGGGUGCGAGGCGGUGAUCGGAUGCGUCUGCGAGGGAACCACCACGAGCCGCAGUCCCUUUCUUUUGUCACCGCACUGACCGGCUUGGUGUUCACACGGCGCCUUGCGGCGACCACAUCGGCCCCAGUUACUGUGUCACUUGUCGCGCACUGCGACGCGGCGGGCGAGGACAAAAUCAACGGUCGCUGCUUCACAAUCGCCACUCAUUCUUUUGCCACACCAGCAGUUGCCAAUUUAUCCGAUGAGAGGGAGGAGGAGGAGGAGGAGGAGGCGGCCGUGGUGGUGCUUCGCUCACCGAUUGUGUUGACCUCGUCGGGUCCUGUUCACUCGUUGGAGGUGCGGUGCGCAGAGAAGAAGCGCGGGGACCCAUCACGGGGCCGCACCACCGCUGACGCUAAAUUCUACGCGGCCACUAUGCAUGGAAUGCAGCGGACUGCUCUAACAAGGGCACAGGUGAAUUUACUGCGCGCUGCUGAUAGCGAGACGAGACGAAAAUGA